AUGAGCGCACAGUACAUGUUUGAAACAAGCUCGACCACCUACGCAUUUCACGACAGCAAGACACACAAUUCGCGCCGUGUCCGUGAUGAAGACCCGACGGACGGGAACGGGUCGUUGACGUAUUCGGCGGCCAGCAGUGUCAACUCGGGGAAGGGUGAAUCAACUGAUUCCAGUUUUGCGGACGUUUUAAGGGGCCUUGACGUUCAAGAAAGCAAAGAAAUUGCGGCGUAUUUAGAGCAGCGGUUGUCCAGGAGAGAAGACCGAUCCGUCGCCGAAUCGUUCGCAUAUAGUGCUAACGUGGACUCUCUCGCUUACAGCACAGAUGCCGAUACUCACGGGCGAAGCAUCGCAACCGAUGGUGAAACGAAGUUGCACGGAACGGACUAUUUAGGAUCAAUAACAGGCCACUCCCAAUUCUCAGAGGCCAAAUAUGCAGACGAUACAACAGAGCGACAAGAUAGUGACGUUCCUAUUUCAUCUCCCGAUGGUGACGAUGACAUUCUAUUUGCUCCGGCGGAGCAUUUUGACUCUGUAAAGCGACGAAAAAAGGAAAAACGAGCGGCACGCAAAGCUCAGAGUGCUACCUUGACGCCGCCGUCCACCAACAGCUCAUUGCGACCUGUCCCCGUGUCGGCGGAAUCGCGACAAGGGACGCCGCCGACUUCCAGGCCACCCAAACGGGAGGAAAUACAUAAAGCUACUGAGGAGGAGCACGUUUGGUAUGCAAAAUGGUGGAUGCUUUGUUUUCCGGAUAUGAACCAGAUGACACCAAAACGCUAA